AUGCCAACGCCCAAAAGAACCCUAGCCUCUUCCAACUUCAGCGUCGCCUCCCUCGACGGAUCGAAGCACCUUUGCCACAUCCGCGGCAAGAUGCACAAGAAGGUCUGGAUCGCUGCCGGGGACAUCAUUCUCAUCGACCUCCGUGACUACCAGGACGACAAGGCGGACAUCAUCUUCAAGUAUAUGCCUGACGAGGCCCGUCUCCUUAAGGCCUACGGUGAGCUCCCUGAGAACAUCCGCCUCAACGAGGGCAUCGGAGGGCUCGACGAGGAGGACGAGGGCGGUGCCGAUGACUACAUCGAGUUCGAGGAUGAAGAUAUCGACAAGAUCUAAGGUAGUAGG